AGACAACCUGCUUAACCAGGCUCAUAACCCAGUUAGUUACCGAGUUCAUAACCAGGUUAUCCGUCUGUUGGCAGAAGGACAGGCUGAUGCUAACAUGCUAACAGAUCAGCUGGUGGUCGAUCGGACCAGACAGCUAGGUUAGCUUAGCUCACAGUUAGCUUGGUUCAGCUUAGUUAAGCUUGUAGCCACGGUUAGCUGGUUUUAAUGUAGUUUGUCUGAGGAGCCUCAGUUAGAUCCACGCUACCUGUCAUACACCCGUGAGGCUAAACGAGCUGACACAGGACUGGCGUUAGCAGACCGCCUAGCUGACCUGGACUGACAGCCGACAAAACACAGCAGGAACGGCAAAUAAUUCAUGGCGUCAUCAUUUUUAUUUGACCCGUGAAGGAACGUAUCUGUGACAGCGCUGAUUCCAGGUCCCACCGGUUCACUAGCCGGCUAGAUGCUAACGUUAGCCUGUGGGCCUGUGCUGAGUGCAGUUGUCAGGUAAAGUGAGAGCGGGACACUGACAGGUGAGCAGGAGGAGCGUGCAGGCAGGUGACAGAUCAGAGAGAUGACCACUUUGUAAGAUGCUGCUUCAUUCAAAGUGAAUGUCUGUACUGUGGGGGAGCUUCACUGGGCUGAGCCUUGAAGCCGAGCCAGUGGAUCUGACUAAUUGUUGGUGUUUGCCACUGGGUCUCCUUUCCUGUCUUAUUUGUGUCGACGGCCUUCCUGUCCCGUCUCGUUGGUGUCAGACUUUAAACUGUCAAUAGACACGUUUUUUUACUGUAACGUAUUGUUAUGACAUAAAUGUUGAUUGCACAGUGUAUGCCGUUCGAUGGCCACCAGUGAUUCAGUCCGCAGAGUUUCUGACAACAAGCAGAGACAACAGUAAUAUGACUCAGAAAGACUUACUUUAGUAUUACUAUGUCCUCCACUUUGUGGCUGAAGCUUUAAGUAGCUAAAUAGGACCAGAACCACCUGCAGGGCUCUGGUCCUCGGUUGUGUUGUUGAGGAGAAACGUGAUUGUGGAUCAGCUCUGCUCUCACCUGAGCUGCUCCAGUCUUUGGCUGUCACAGCAGUCUUCAGUGUUGAUAGGCUGUUACAGGUGACGUCGAACCAAUCAGACAGCACUGUGGGUGGGACGGUGAGCGAGCCUACAGAGUAUGGGCAGUGUCCACCGCAGGAGACUGCCUGUCCAUGUGAGAUAUGUUCUCACCUGGAAACACUGUUUGGUUCAGGAUUAAUGUGCUGUUGCCAUCAGGUGGCCUGGCUGUAGGACUAUGCUGUAUUUGUCCACUGGGAGGCGCAUCCUGAGCCGAGCUCCACGCCUUCCUCCCUGCCUCCCCUGCUCCACCACUCAGUGUGUCGCCAUGUACGCCACCCGCCUCUACAGCACUGCGGGAGGAGGAGGAGGAGGUGGUGGGGGAGGAGGGGGAGGUGGAGGAGGUGGAGUCAAACAGGGGCGAAGAACGGCACUGGCUAUGCUUGAGGCACCUCACCCCCACCUCCCGCACCACCCACACCCGGCCCAGCCUCCACCUGCCUACCCGCUGUACCAGGGCCGCCCUGAUGCCCACCGAGGAGCACACUUCCACCACUACCACCCCCAUCCCCAGCCCCAUCCUCACCCACACUCACACCCACACCCACACCCACACCCACAGCCCUCUCACCUGGCCCCACCCCCGCUGCCACCCCACUACCAGCACCACACCCACUUCCAUGCGUACGGAGGCGGGGCUGCGGCCGGAGGGGCAGCCAAUGCUGCUGGCAGCAAAAAGAAGACGUGGAACUUCAUCCAUGAGAAGAUGAGCUACGACACGUUCUUCACCAUGAAGCGUCUGAUCGAGCGCUCGCGCCGUCCUGAUGAGGUGCUGCGUUGGGUCACCCAGAAUCCUGCGAAAAUCUCCCACAACCACUACCCUGUCGCCCUGCAGAAGAUAGGACAGCUGCUGCAGGCCACGCCGCCGCCGCGAGGCGGAGGGGACGACGACGCCGAGUCUGGAGGCGGAGGAGCAGAGGGGAGUGAUGGACGCCAGAUCCUGGAGCAUCAGGACUUUCAGACGCUUUGUAACGCCAUCGUCAGCGAUUGCUCCAAGUUUGACAACUUCAGCAUCGUCAACUGCCUUUAUGCUGUGGCAGCACUUGGUCUUCCCAGUGACUCUCAGGUGGUCCAGGUGUUGGAGGCGGAGUCUCAGGUCAGACUGAACCAGUUUAACCAGAAGGAUGUGUCCAUGGUGUUCAGCUCCAGUAUGAAACUCCACCCUGGCAGUCAGCACCCUCUGACUGAAGCCUGCCUGGCCGGCCUGGAGAAGAACCUGGAGCGAGAGCGCCACCCACAGACACUCUUCCUGCUGCUCUCGUACUACAGACUCAAGUGGCGGUCACUGCAGUCACAGGAAGCUGCUGCAGGGGGCGCCAGCACUGCCACCACAAACAGUAACAGCACGGUGUCAAACCCUGAACAGCUGCUGGCCAACAGGAAGAUCUUGCGUCUGGUCAAACACACCCUGGCAAGUGUCAGUGGUGUUCGUGACCAAGAGAUGGCGCUGUUGGAUGAGAUGCUGGCAGCGAGCGCUCGAGAAGCGAGCAACAAGAGUCUGGAGCUGAUCUUCAGCUCUCACCUUUUCUACCAGAACAGACAGGAGAGGUUUAUCAGCAGCCUGGCAGAGGAGCUGCCGAAGAAGGUGGACAGCAUCACUCCGUACACGAUGGCUCUGAUUGCCAAAUACAUCGCUCGACAUCGUCUGAGAGAGACUCGGCUGCUCGACACCAUCGCAGACUUCCUGGUGAAGAAGGCCGAGUACCUGGACAGUAAGGUGAUCCAGAAGCUGGUUUUCCCGUUCAGCAGGAUGAGUUACCGUCCGUCCAAUGAGCAGCAGUUCUUCUCUCGGCUGGAAGAGGUGGUGGAGCUGAAGGCACUCAGCUCGCCGCUCGCCACCGUCAACAUCCUCAUGUCCCUGUUCCAGCUGGGACAUUUCCCUGGCCUGGUGCUGCACCGAGUAUUCUCCUCUGCGUUCAUCAGCAACGUCACCAACAGUCCGUACGCUCUGAUCGUCCGCCGCUACCUGUCUCUGCUGGAUGCUGCCGUGGAGCUCGAGUACCGUGACUACACCGGUCCACGCCUGCAGGACACUCACAAGGUCCUGAUGUUUGACCACGCUCUGACUGCUGACGAGGUCAACCGCAAGUACAGUUAUAAAGGCCUUGUGGCUGAGGCUUUGCGCCAGCUGGUUGGAGAACAGAACUACAAACAGGAUGAAGUUCUACCCCCAGGAUACUAUACAGACUUUGUGCUGUGGAUGGACAGCUCUGGUCGGGUUUUGCCCAUCAGGACCGGGGCCAGCUUGGCACUCAGCAUUGUUCCUUCGUCCUGCGUGACAUCCAAGCCAGCUGAUGGUUCUGUUGCCGUGGUGACUUCAGAGUUCCAGAAGUUCUCGCCAUUCACGGCGCUGGAGGAGGGCGCAGAACAGCCAUGUCAGGGGGGUGAGGCGAUGGGCGGGUCCAUGGAAACCAGGUCCUUCCUGCCCCACCACAUCCGCAGCACAGCAGGAGCCACAGCAGCACCAGGGACCCUGCGGCCCGGUACUAACGGGGGCCCCUUGAACUAUGGCCCCUACUAUGUUCCUGCAGCGGAGUACUACUCCAGUUUGGCAAAGGAGCACUCUCUGGAGAGUCAGGAUAGUUCCACACUCAGCAGCCCCCCCUCUGACGGCCUGGCACAGCCAGGGGCCAAAGGACCUGCAGGGGCCACGGCCCCAGACUCACUCUUCCAGUUUUCCAUUCGGAAGAUCCUGGAGGACGAGGGAGGUACAGGUGGCCAGGGGACGGACUGUGAGCUCCCGGGAUUCUACGAGGAUGUGACAUAUUCUGAGGGGUCGGGGGCUGACAGAGAGCCCCCAUCACCGCCUCAGCUCCAUCCCCCCAACAGACCCGAAGCCGACAGCCCCCCAACAGACCAGAGGCAGAUCAGGAGGGUCAUCAUGUCCGUCAAUGACAAGUGGCAUUACUGCCACAACUGUGAGGUUCUGGUCGGUUCACGGGCCAUGAGGGACCGACACCUGAGGCUGCUGGGAUACAUCAUCCUGCAGCUGCCGUAUCACGAGCUGGAGAAGCUGAACGGCAUCGAGGAGGUGAAGCAGUACCUGCACAAGAAGCUGCUGGACGUCCCGCUAUGACGCUCUGUGUGUGUGUGUGUGUGUGUGUGUGAGUGAGUGUGUGAGAUGUCACGGCUGCGGGAUGUUGUUGGACUCCUUUCUGGGGUUGACUCGGGGUCUGACUGAUCAGUCAGUGGGACAGGAAGCAGCAAAGCAACGUCCUCACAUUCUUCAGUCAGAUUACGGCUGCAGCUGACACUCAUUUUAUUCAUCUGCUGUAAUCACGUCCUUAUUAAUCAGUUAGUCGACAGCAGCUCUUCUCUGAACACGUCACUUUGACAGAUUUUAACAUUUUUAUAAACCAAAUGAGUGACCAGUAAAUGAAGAAGAUGAAUAAAUAAUGACGCUCAUGUGUAGCUGCAGCUGUACGUGUGAUGGUGUUGUCCGCUCUGUGUGGCUUUUUAAAGGACCCUCCUGCUGAUUUCAGGCCAUUUUGUGCGGAGCCGAACGCACCACAGAGGCUGUAGAGUCCAAACGGCCCAGGCAGAACCCCACCGCUCACCAACAAAACUCUAUUCGGCUCUAAGUGUCUUUAAAAACCAGGUUUGACUUAUUCGGUUGUAGUUUUCUGUCCCUUCGUGAUGUCUGAUUCUGCUGGUUUGCUCUGUUGGUACGCUGAGGUCCUGCAGCAGGCACUUUGUGGUCCAAAACUAAAACCAUAAAGACAAAGUCACUAAAUAUGUACUUUAUGGAUUUAAAAGUUUUCCAUGUGUGUCCUUGAAUGCACCAUAAGGGCUCCUCUCACCUGCUCAGGUGUGACGGUAGUUUAUUUUGGAACACGGUCAGCUGAAAAGUGUAAAAACAUCCUUAAACGUGUCGCUGCGCUCACUGUAAGCAGGCUGUGAUAUUAUUGGUUGAAGUGUGUGGACGAACGGGCAUCUUUUUUUUUUCUUUUUGGUAGGGGGAAGGGAGCUUUUUAUAAAGUUUGGUAACCACGGUAAUGAUAAUGAUGCACAUGUGGGACUGUUUUCUAAAGCCAGAUGAUGGAGGUGGCAGGUUUCCUGUGGUGGGAGCAGGGGCUGGUGGGUAAAGCAAACGGCUGUACGGUGGGGGGGUCAGGGCGGGGAGAGGAGGGAUUGUUGCCACGGCAACAUGGUGUGUGUGCCAAAAGGAGGGCGAGCCACCCUCAGUAUGAUGUGUGUGAUUUAAUGUCAGGGUCAAAGGUCAGAUUAUUUAUUUGUGUAUCAGGUGACGGCAGCAUGAUGUUCAAGGAAGGACAGAACCUUGUUUAUAUUCUAUAAAUCUAUGAAUUCAAAAGUCUAUAAAACCUGAAACCAAA